GAUUAUAUGAAAGGUCCUGAUACCUAAAGACGUUCUUCAAUUCACUCGUGAAAAGAUUCCACCUCUACCUUGGGACAUGAGCCAGCUUUUCACCCUUAAAUUUUCUAGACAAUCAUAGGACAAUCAAGAUGCUCGAAAACGAUUCGAGAUCCCUUGUUGCGGGAGUUACAGCUCUCGUUUUGGUUCUUCUCCUCACACUGCCCUCGUUGAUUGGAAUUGCAUCCCACUUACGGGAACCCAAGCCAAAAUCCACCAAGUAUGAGGAUAAAGAUGGCGUUGCCACUGAGAAAUCGGUGGCGGAAUAUUCUGCAAAAAUCCCAAAGAUCUCUCUUGGCAUCUUCACAGUUACCGGCCUUUCUCUAUCGAUUGCCUUGGCUGUUCUUGGUCUUGUAGGGCAAGAUGAUGGAUUGUUCAUUGAGAAUUGGAUCAAUGUUGCGCAAUGGUCCCUAAUCGUUCUCCAAACCAUUGCCAUUUCCCUGAUCCGAAAUCCCGUCAAAAGUUACGACUGGGGAGUAUACUCGGCAGUUUCAAGCAUCUUUCUUUUCGCUGUCUUGUUGUUUGAGGACGGACUCAUCGCACAGAAAAAUGAAGCCGAAGAGAGCUUCGGAACAUCAGAGCAGAAUGCCCUUCGAAUUGUACAGCUCGCUCUCGUUAUUCUGGCUGCUGGUGCUGGUAUUUCUAUCCCAAGACGACCACAGGUGUUCUACGAUGGAACACCCGUGGAUGCUAUGUAUACGGUCUCUGCUCUGGGCCGAUACAGCUUCUCAUGGUGUGCCCAUCUUCUUCGCCUUUCAAGAACAAAGAAUCGUCUUGAACUUGAAGAUCUGCCCAAGAUGGACCACCUCACUCGUUCCAAGGAUCUCAGUAAUGCGUGGGCCCACCGGAACCAUACGAAGAAACUUUGGAUUGAAGUGUUCCUCGCACACAAAGUAGCUUUCAUAAUUCAAUGGAUACUCACUCUCUUACAAGCCUUCGGCAACUUUGCUCCUCAGUUCGUCACGUACCAUAUCCUGAUGAUCUUGGAGAAGAAGAAACCUGGGGAUUCUGUCACGGCUGAAGCAUGGAUCUGGGUUGUGACGCUUACACUUGCUACAGUUGGAGCAUCCUGGAUCGAAUCUUGGCUGUUUUGGAUCUCGUGGUCUGAAGUUGCCAUUCCAAUUCGAGCGCAAUUAUCCGCUCUCAUCUUCCAGAAGGCGAUGCGACGCAAAGAUGUGAAAGGUGCUUCCAAGGCUCCGAAGAAAGAGAAUGGUGAUGGCCCAGACAUGUCCGAUGCUUCCAACAAUGCCACGGCUGGAGAUAAACCCGAAAUCGAGACUGAGGAAGAUACAGAGCCGAAGGGAAAGCAGUCCACUGUCAAUCUCAUUGGUGUAGACACCAAGCGAGUCUCCGAUUUCUGCUCUUUCAACAACUAUUUUGCUGGCAGUCUCUUCAAAUUGAUUGUUUCAUUUGCAUUCUUGAUCAGUAUCAUUGGCUGGAAAGCCUUGCUUUGCGGGUUUGCUGCCAUGUCCCUUACUAUUCCUCUCAACAUAUACUUCAGCAAGCGGUACUCGGAUGCUCAGGAUCGACUUAUGAAGGUUAGAGAUACUAAGAUGGGUGUAGUUACUGAAGCUUUGCAAGGCAUUCGCCAGAUCAAGUUCUCGGCACUAGAAGACAACUGGCACGCAAAGAUUGGGAAGGUUCGAGAAAGAGAGCUUGGUGAACAAUGGAGCGUCUAUGUGGCCGACACCUUUUUGCUAUUCUGCUGGAUUACAAGUCCAAUCGCCCUUGCCGCCACGUCACUCGCUGUCUACUCAAUCAUGAAUGGCGAGCUCCAACCGUCCGUUGCAUUUACUGCCAUUGGGGUCUUUGGCAAUCUCGAAGUCACCCUAGCUGUCAUUCCCGAACUCACCACCGAUCUCAUCGAUGCCUGGAUCUCUGUGGAGCGUAUUGAGAAGUACCUCAAUGCCCCCGAGAUCAGCAAGAACACAAGUGCGGCUCCAAACAUCUCAUUCGAAAAUGCUUCAAUUGCUUGGCCUUCCGACGAAGAGAAGGAAGAUGACGAUCUCAGAUAUGUCCUAAGAAACAUCAAUGUCUCCUUCCCUGACAACGAACUCAGUGUCGUGAGUGGAAAGACAGGUACAGGGAAGAGUCUUCUGCUGGCUUCGAUCCUUGGAGAAGUCGACGUGCUAGCGGGAACAAUCAGCGUCCCUCAGGCACCUCACACUCGAGAUCGUCAUGAUCAUCUUGCGAAUAAAGACAAUUGGAUCAUUCCUUCCUCCAUAGCAUUCGUUGCACAGAUACCUUGGAUCGAGAACGCCAGCAUCAAGGACAAUAUCUUGUUCGGUCUCCCGUACGAUAACUAUAGAUACAACAAAGUCAUUGAGGUUUGUGCAUUGAGGAAGGAUCUGGAUAUGCUCACUGAUGGAGAGAAUACUGAAAUUGGGGCCAACGGUAUCAACUUGAGCGGUGGACAGCGAUGGAGAGUCACAUUUGCUCGUGCUUUGUACUCUCGAGCUGGUAUAUUGGUCCUCGACGACAUCUUUAGUGCCGUGGACGCGCACGUUGGACGAUUCAUUUUCGAGAAGGGCCUAACUGGUGAACUUGGCGUUGGGCGUACACGAAUUCUCGUGACACAUCAUGUCGCGCUCUGCAAGUCCAAGACUAAAUAUAUUGUUGAGCUUGGUGAUGGGACUGUCGAGAAUGCAGGCAUGGUCCAGGAAUUAGAGGCUGAAGGCACACUUCAGCAAAUCAUCAGCCACGAAGAGAAUGAAGUCGGACAUGAAGGAGACGAGGAUCCAACCGCUGUCAAUUCUGAAGAAUCAUCUGAUGGAGACACGAUAGAGACUUUACAGAAGAUCGAUUCCAAGAAGGCUACACCUAAGAAGUUCGUCGAGGAUGAGAAGCGCGAGAGAGGUAGAGUCAAGACUGGCAUCUACUUGGAAUACUUGAGAUCUAGUGGGGGUGCUCCUUUCUGGGCUUUGGCUUUCUUCAUUUUUGCAGGAAUGCAGGUACUUGUUACAGGUCGCUCAUGGUGGCUACGACUGUGGACCGGGGAGGAUGAGCAACAUACGAGCGUUAAACAUUCCAUGACCUAUUCCUUCCAAAUUCACGACUUGGGCCGCCUGAGCACUUCCUCCGUGGCUGGUAGUCCAACAUCGUCGUCUCAUCCCCUAUCAUACUAUCUCAGCGUGUACAUCGUUCUCGCAAUUGCGUCGGCUCUGCUAGGGACUUUCAGAUACUUCUAUGUCUAUACCGGUUCUAUUCGAGCAUCUCGCCGCUUAUUUGAUGAUCUCUGUUUUACGAUUUUGCGGACCCCUCUUCGAUGGAUGGACACUGUACCGCUAGGCAGAAUCUUGAAUCGCUUUACGGCGGAUUUCAAUGUUGUGGAUUCUCGUCUGGCUAACGAUAUUGGCUUUGGAGGUAACAAUGUCUUCCGAUUGAUUGGCGUUAUAGUUGCAGGAACCUUCGUAUCACCCUACGUGAUUCUUCUCUCUCUGGCCCUCCUGACGGUGUGCGUAUAUAUCGCGCGACUAUAUCUGACAGGUGCUCGAGAAGUCAAACGCCUAGAAUCAAAUGCCAAAUCUCCCGUCUUCGAACAAUUCGGUUCUGCACUCACAGGUGUUGGCACCAUCAGAGCCUUUGACAAAACCGACGUGUACAUUCAGCGCAUGUUCUCCAAGAUCGAUGAUCACUCAACUUCCUUCUGGCAUCUGUGGGCUUUCAAUCGCUGGAUGGGAUGGAGGAUGUCAGCCGUUGGUGGCCUUUUUGCCACAUUCGUCGCUAUUAUGAUCCUCCUUAUUGAUGGCAUUGAUGCAGCACUCGCUGGUUUCGCGCUUUCCUUUGCUUUGGAUUAUGGAUCAGUGGUUAUCUGGACUAUCCGCCAUUACACAAAUCUGGAGCUUGACAUGAAUGCUGCGGAGCGCAUCAUUGAGUAUAGCAGACUUCCCACGGAAUCUCUUGAAGGUGCUGAUCCUCCUGCUGCCUGGCCUAGUGAAGGUAGACUUGAGGUCGACGAUCUCAUUGUCGGCUAUGCACCGGAUCUGCCACCUGUUCUGAAAGGCUUGUCCUUCAGCGUGGAGCGUAACGAGCGCGUUGGGGUUGUGGGUCGUACUGGCGCUGGCAAGUCAUCACUCACCUUGGCACUAUUCCGAUUCUUAGAAGCUAGACAAGGAAGUGUUCAUAUCGAUGGACUGGAUAUCUCAAAAAUCAAGCUCCAGGCUCUGCGUUCACGGCUAGCUAUCAUUCCCCAAGAUCCUGUCCUCUUCUCUGGAACAGUCCGCAGCAAUCUCGACGCAUUUGACGACCACGAAGAUAGUGAAUUGAGAGAUGCACUCCAACGAGUCCAUCUCGUUUCGUCAGCUGAAGCAGAGGCUCUGAGCGCUCACGCAUCAGCUCUCAACACCGGCCUCAACACCCCGACAGAAGGCUCCAUCACACCAACACCGUUCAAGAACACAAAUCCAUUCACCUCCCUCACCUCUCCGAUUACAGAAGGUGGUCUCAACCUCUCCCAAGGACAACGUCAACUUCUCUGCCUCGCCCGCGCCAUCGUCUCCCGCCCCAAAAUCAUGGUCUUAGACGAAGCCACCUCCGCAGUGGACAUGGCAACCGAUGCACUGAUCCAACGCUCUAUCCGAGAGGAAUUCGGCGAUUCAACACUAAUUGUGAUUGCGCACCGUCUCAGCACCAUCGCAGACUUCGACAAGAUAUUAGUCCUAGAUGAUGGCAAGGUUGCAGAAUUCGGAAGUCCGAAGGAGUUGUUCGCGCUUGAGAAUGGCGUGUUCAGGGGAAUGGUUGGGGAGAGUGGUGAGAGGGAAAAGUUGGAGAGUAUUACCAGUGGUACUGGUAGUUGAGAAGCGAAAAUGGGGCCCUGAUGAGGGAAUAGACAGCGUUGAGGAUUUGGAUGGUGUUUCUGGAACUCGUUUCGGCUUCGCGAUCGGAUUUGUAUAUAUAUGUUCGUUUCGAUAAAAUUCAUGGA